UGCACUUCACAAAAAAAAAUAAAAAUAAAAUAAAAACCUCUCUCUCUCUCUCUCUCUCUCUCUCUCUCUCACAUAUUGUCCUCAAUUUAGAAACAUCUGAAGAAAAUGAGACAAGCAGGAACAUAUUCAGGGAUACUAUCAGGAAGAGGGAUAUCAGGGAGAACCGGAACGCACUCCUUGCCGCUGGCGAGGAUAAAGAAGAUCAUGAAGAAAUCAGGGAAUGAUGUGAAGAUGAUAUCUGGGGAGGCCCCCAUUGUAUUCUCAAAAGCUUGUGAGCUGUUCAUAGAGGAACUCGCCAAGAGGUCUUGGAUGAUGGCAAUCCAAUCCAAGAAGAGGACUCUUCAAAAGGAAGAUGUUGCCUCUGCUGUUAUAGCCACUGAUAUCUUUGACUUUCUCCUCAACUUGGUUUCUGAUUCUGCUAACUCUGAUGAUAAUCCAGGAAUAUUAGAUACAAAAGAGUAGUAGACUCUCUCUCUCUCUCUAAGUGUUAUAAAAGGCUAUGCUCAAAAUGUUUUUAUCUUUUUGGUGUUAAGGUUGACAACCUUCUCCAUAGUGUUAUACACGAAUCUAUAGGGCAACCAUUACCAUAAAUGAUAACA